AUGGCCGACACCAACACUCACAGCCUCGAAGAAGUCCGACAUGUGGCCGAGGCCGAGACCCAUGUCGAAAUGCUUCCCGGUACCGAGCUCAUGGCCGAGGUGGCAGGGAUUCACCUGGUUCACGCGCACAACAAGCCCACGGCCACGGUUCUCGUCCCUCAACCCACUGCGAGCCCUCAUGAUCCGUUGAACUGGUCUAAAUCCUGGAAAACCCUCGUCCUCGCCAAUCAAGGCCUGUUUGUGCUCUCGAGCAUUAUCCCUGCGCUGUCCAUCGCGCCUCUCACACCCAUCUACGUGGCGAAAUGGGGCAAGAGCCUCACCGAGGUGGCGUUCCUGACCGGCGUCACCGUCAUUUCUCUCGGAUACGCAAACUUGGUCAUCAUCCCCUGCUCAGACAUCUUUGGCCGACGGCCCACACUGCUCGUCUGCGCCUUGAUUGCUCUGGCCAGCGAUAUCUGGCAGGCACUGGCCAAGUCGUACGGCUCGUUCCUCGGUGCCCGCGUCCUGACCGGCCUUGGUCCAGCUGCAAAUGAAUCUAUCAUGGCGACCGUGGUGGCGGAUAUGUAUUUCUUGCAUCAACGAGGGCGAUAUGUCGGGCUCUACUUCUGGUUCUACUUUGUCGGCCUCAUGCUUGGGCCCAUCAUCUCAGGCAACGUCGCCUCCCACGCCAGUUGGAGAUGGUUCUUCUGGGCCUGUACCAUGGCCCAGGUGGUGAACAUAAUCGGCCUUGUCUUCCUCAACCCCGAGACUCGACGGGCCCCAUCUACUACCGGUACAAGCGCAGAACAACCAGGGGGGCUGCAGUAUCAGCAAUCGAUCGACGAAGAUAAGACUGCCGGCGACAUGUGCCAGGUCGAGCAGCAGGCGAUCUCCAGCGCCAUCGUUGUCGACGAGCACCUCGGCCGUGGCAGGCCCAGCCGGUCGCAGUUCAACAUCGUGCAGCCGAUUGACCCGAAAGCUGUGCGUGCCGGCGCGCUACUGCUCCAUGUCCUCACCCCUGUGCAAAUCUUCUUCUUCCCCAUCGUCUUCUGGGCUGCCAUGAGCAUGGGCGCCGCCGCCAACGCCUUGCUCUGCGUCAACCUCACUCAGUCACAGGCCCUGGCUGCGCCGCCGUAUAACUUCAGCCCGGCGAAUGUGGGUUUCGCCAACUUUGCGCUGGCAGCAGGCGCGGUCAUCGGCCUCGCUACCGCCGGCCCCUUUUCCGACUGGGUGGCGAUGCGAGCCACCAGGAGAAACGGAGGGAUUCGAGAACCCGAGCAGCGGUUGCCUGCUUUGAUCCCCUUCAUCAUGGCGUCCGUGGUGGGCAUGGUGAUCAUCGGCGUCGGCUGGGAUCAGCAAUGGUCCUGGAAACCCAUCAUCAUCGUCGGCUUCACCCUGGCGGGCGUGGUCACCGUGAGCAUUCCGACCAUCAGCAUCACUUAUGCCAUCGACUGCUACAAGCCGAUUUCGGGACAGAUCAUGGUCACGGCGACCGUGGCGAAGAACACGUUCGGGUUUGGAAUGACCUACUACAUCAACGACUGGGCGGCGCAGUCCGGCUUCACAGGACCGUUCAUGCUGCUCAUGUCCAUGACGGUGGGAUUCACGCUGAUAGGCAUGCUGGUGCUGAUGUUCUACGGCAAGACGUUCCGGCGCUGGACCAAGGAUUCCAGGAUCCAUUCGUUCUGA